CUGACGCUGUAUUACAAUUACAUUACAAAUUUUAGGUGUCCCGUAAUUUCAGCGCAUAUUUCGCUAAUGUUUAUUAUGUUUACCGCAUAGUGCCUGGAGGAUACCCUUGCGAUGAAGUUAAAAAAGAUGAAGGUGGAUUCAGAGGAGGUGAGUCCCGUGCCUGUGCCUCAGCCCGAGAUAAUUGAAGCUGACCUGUACAAGCGUACUUACUUUGGGCCUGAUGUUCCCACGUUAGAGCUCGAGUGUUGGGAGGAGGAGCUCUCUGAAUGUCAACUGAAUGCCUAUAAGAAUGCCGACGACGAGUACAAGAGCAUUCAAACCAAGAUUGACGAUCUGGUGAAAGAUACCGGUGGACAGAUUGUGUAUAACGGCGACCAGUUUACUGCAUACCAGUUGCUUGGGAAGCAACCAGUACUGAAGGAUCUGGAGAGACAGAGCGCAGAGAUCAUUCGAUCUAGAUCUCGCUCCCUCUCCAUCUCCAAGGAAGGAAGUAGGACUGGCAAAAGAGGUCGCCCCAAAAAGAAUAAAGAAGAAGACCGUGACUACUCUCCGUCUCCCGAUAGAGACUUGGAGCCGCGCCACAAGAAGAAGAAGAAAGAUAAGGAGAAGGACAAGGAGAAUAAGAAAGACAAGGAUAGCACCAAGACCAAGGAUAAGACUCUUGCACCAUCAAAUGUGCACAGCGUGGUCACGAACGUGCGUCCCUCCGAAGCCACUGCCAUCGGAGGGCUGCUCACCGGCAGCGCCACCAAGACCACGGCCAUCGUCGACCUAACCAAGGAUGAUGGCAACAAGAACGUGGCCGACUCCAGGGAAGUGUCCUUUAAUAAGCUGCAAGGCAAAACAUUCCCAUCGCUGGUUGUGGUCGCUCGCCCCUACCUCCGCGCUAAAGACACGCAACCACCCGCCGACCGCUCGGCUCUUGACAGCAAAGUGAAGUCUGUGCUCAUGCACACUCCCAUGAAGUUCACCGAGUGGCUCAUACAGCAGGGCCUGGUGCGGUCGGAGCAGUGGUGCGUGAUACAUCAAGGCAACAAGCUCAAGCUGGGCAUGUACUCCGACGUAUCCAAGUUCCCGUUCUCCGGCGGCUACGUCUGGAUCUCCGAAUGCUGCCCGACUCGCUUCGUGUCCGUAUUUUGCAGUUCCAUCUUUGAGGGAGCUACCUUCCCUCCGAGCGUGCUUCUGAAGCUGGUCUACCAUUGGGCCUGCCAGACUAAUGUGCAGAACGUCGUGCAAUGGGUUAAAGUGGACAAUCUCUAUGUCAAGGGUCUAUUCACCUGGUUGCGAGCAGUGUGCACUUCAGCCAUCCACCAACACAUGAGCUUACUCGGCGGCGCCGGAAAGAAGGUCGAGGUGGGCGUUAUUUCGCUCGGAACCACCAGCCACGAUGGAACCCAGCGCCAAGUCAAGGUGGAGGUGCUGGGCGUGCUGGACCCUGCCGACAAACUGAUCCGCCUCCGCGCCGUUGAACCACUAGCCGAGCACGAGAAAAACUACAAAAAGCGCUUCCAAAAAAUCCUCGAACCCCUCGUCACUUGGGUCCACCCGUCCUCUGUCAUCCUUACGGACCUGACCGUCGACAAGGGCACCCUAGUGUCCAUGGGCUUCAAGAAUGUCCACCAAUCGUCCUCGCACACUGACACCCCGGCCAGGAACAGCAACGCCAACAUCAUGGAGUACCUGAGGAGGAUCGUGCCGAGGAUGUUCCAGAACACGCUCUCAUUGCUGUCGAGGCAGAUCAUACAGCAGUUCCUGGACGAGCUGGUGUGGAGGGAGAGGUUCGGAAUCUCGCCCGGGCAAGCGUUCGAAAACAUUGUGCUUCAUAUCGCGGAACAGACCAAAUUCGACUCCAAGGAUGCUAUUACAGUCCGCCUGAACAAGAUUGCAGCUAAUCCAUUCAAGAACUGGAAAUAUCCCAGCAAGAAAUCAAAGAACACCGAAGAGGCAUCGACAUCUGCAACAGAAGAGACGGGACGCGGGAAGCGUGGACGCCGAAAGAAGGAGCCAACCCCUGAACCUCCGCCCCGUAAGAAGAAGAAGGAGAAGACACUUUACGUGCCCGACGACGAUGAAGAAGAGAUACCCCUAGCCCUCCGCCGCACGAAGAUUAAGCAAGAGCGAGACCAGAAAAAGGAGAAAGAGAAAGAAGAGCCAACUCCCCGCUCUCGACGCAAAGCCGUGCGUUCGUACGUCGACGACGACCUGGACGAUAUACCGCUGAAGAAUAUCAAGAAGGAGAUGAAGCCAGAGGAGACUGUGUCGAUGGAGCGGUAUUACUUCGGGCAGAUUGGCGGGGAGGGGCCGGUGGAGAAGGUUUCUAUUGCUGUUGAGUGCCCCACAUGCCUCAUCGAGUUCACCAACAACAUCUCCCUCAUGGAGCAUCUCUUCUUACACGCCAUACCCGCGCCUGCCUCCGCCCCGGACUCGACCGCCCAAUGUUCAUACUGUCUCAUACGGUUCGCGACCGAUGAUGAACUCACGGCGCAUCUCAAGCAGGAGCACCCGAGCGACACCAAGACGCCUGACUUGUUUACGUAUGCUUGCCUGAUCUGCGAGGUCCGGUUCGCAGCCGUCCUAACUCUGGCCACGCACAUGCAAAAGACGCACUUGCCCCUCGAGCUGCCGUACGGCUGCGACGCGUGCGACUACCGCGCGUCGUCGCAGCGGCGCCUCGCCGACCACUACCGCGACAAGCACGCCAAGCACCACUCCGUACAGUGCCCACACUGUCUCAAGGUGAUCCAAGUGUACGCCGACGGGCACGAGCUGACCGCCAACAUCUUGCUGUUCCUCGACCACCUGCAGCAGCACCAGGACAAGGAGCUGGAGAUACGCUGCAACCGCUGCGUGCUCAAGUUUGUGCACCUCGGUCAGUUGAAGGAGCAUCAAGUGCGCGACCACACCACGGUUGAAAACGCCAUCCCUCUCUGCUCCGAAGAGCAUCUCAUCAACAAGCCUAAGACCAAGGCCCGACCGCCAGUGAAGGACUCCUCCAGCCACACAAUGAGCGCCACGUACGAGGACGUGACGCUGGUCCUUCCCGACGGCAUGAUUUGUCGCGAGUGCGACACGGCUCUAGACAGCGACAAGCAUUUCCUUGGAUCGUCAUCCUGUACCAAGUGCUCGUUCACUUCCUCGUGCUACCGCGCCAUGUUGCGGCACAGCGGCUACUGCGCCGGCGCGCACUCGCUGGAGGACGCGCCGCGGGCCGCGCCCGCCGAGCUGCACUGUGUGUGCUCCUACACUACCCGAGUGGGCACCGACAUGCUGACGCACUUGCUGAGCUGUGAGCACAAGACCGCCUACAUAUCGGAAGACGCCGCCAAGUUGAACACCGUUCGCGACGACGCGUUCGCGCCUCGCCUUGAGGAGCUCCCUGUACAGCAGCAGCAGCAGCAGCAGCAGCAGCAGCAGCAGCCGCCGCCGGAGAGCGUGCCGGCGCCGGACUACGCGCCGCCGUCCGUGCUCAACACGCAGCUCUCGCUCGACGACCUCGCGCCGCCCUCCGUGCUGCAGGCCGACCAGCACGACCAGGAGCUCCUGAAGGACGCGUACGACCGGCCGCUGGCCACGCCGCGGCACGAGGAGCCGAGCUACAGCCUCGGCGACUUCGAGCCGCUGCCGCAGGAGCCGCCGCCGCAACCUGACUUUGAGCAACUGUAAAAUGUUGCAGA